AUGACGGACGUCACGAAACCAUUAGAGAUCGCCAUUGUCGGAGGUGGAAUCGUUGGAGCAUUUGCAGCUGCAACCCUCUCGAGGCUCCCCAACUCAAGAGUCACGCUGUAUGAAAAGUCAGAGGGGCCGCGAGAAGCAGGUGCCUGGAUCGCACUUACUGAAGCUGCUCUUCUCACUCUCUCACGAAUUGCCAAUAUCGAAGAGGUGCAAGAGUUUGUUUAUAGAGGUAAGCCAGCGCCGCUUGCAAGACGUCAUUGGAAGACCGGCGAGGUCUUAAAGUACGACACGUCCUCAUUUCCGAGACCAGACAAUUUCGUGCAAGCGAGAACGCAUAGAGUGCCGCUUCAUAACUUUGUUUUGAAGCAUGUCCCCGAAGGCGUAAUAAAGUAUAAUCAUGCUGCCGUCAAGGUUGAUGUGGAUAGCUCUGGAGCAAUUCUACACUUUGAGAAUCAAGAUCCUGUCCGUGCCGAUCUAGUUGUUGCAGCUGACGGUAUUUAUUCCAGGAUCCGAAGACAGUUUCGUGUGAACGAAAAGUUGGAAUACAAAGGGAUAGUUGCCUAUAGAUAUGUCUUUGAUGAAAAGCUACUCAAAGACGUUGACGGAGUGUUGGACGAUACCUCAGCAUGGAUGGGAAGAGAUGGUACCUGGGUUUUCCUUGGAAAAGUUGGUCUUGGAAAAUACGGAUUUGUGGCUUUAAUUCCUGAACCUCCAAAUGUUGCAUCGGAUCUGACAUGGAAUAGAAGUGCUGGUCAAUGGGGAAUAUCACAUCUGCUAGAGUUCUUCCAGGAAUGGGACCCAUUAAUCACCAAGAUCAUCAAAGUUCUUCCUGACAUUCUGGCUUUUCCUUUGGAAAGAGCACCAUGGCUCCAAGAUUUGAUCAUUGGGGACAGGAUAGCUUUUGCUGGAGAUGCAGCUCACCCAACUUCAGGUGUAUACGCUGUGGGAUCGUCCAUGGGAUUUGACGAUAUAUGGGCGCUAUACCGGGCUCUUUCUGAGACGUCCACAAAAUCCACUAAUGGCGAUCCGGACGAACAAACGAAGUACAAUCUGCCCUUAUCCUUAUUUUUAUUCAAUGAGACUAGAAAACAUUUCCUCCAGAGGGUCGAGCGUCAAACCUUCAUUGACGGCGAAGUCAAGAAAAAGUAUCUUAACCUUGCCAAAGAUGAUUCAGACUGGCAACGGCGACUUCUUAACACUCUGGGAGGCUUAGAUUGGGUGAAAGAGCAUAACGUAGAGCUAGAGUAUCAAAAGGUUAGAGACGAGCACUUCCUCAAAAUAUAUACAUGA